AUGGCAUCCUCCCCCCCGCCCGACUACGAGCUCAUCUACUGGCCCGGCAUCCCCGGCCGCGGCGAGUUCAUCCGCCUGCUCUUCGAAGACGCCGGCGUGCCGUACCUCGACACCGCCAAGUCCGCCGACGACGACGACGCCGCCACCCGAGCCCUCCUCCAGCUCGUCGCCCCCAGCAACACCGGCGACGCCACCAACGGCCCCGUCUUCGCCUGCCCGGCCCUCAAGCACGGCCGCCUGACCCUCGCCCAGACGCCCAACAUCCUGCUCUACCUCGCGCCCCGGCUCGGCCUCGCCCCGCCCGACGACGGCCUCGCCAUCUACCACCUCAACCAGAUCGCCCUCACCCUCCUGGACGCCUUCGCCAACGAGGUCCACGACACCCACCACCCCGUCUCCGUGUCCGCCCACUACCGCGACCAGAAGCCCGAGGCGGAGAGGCGCGCCCGCUCCUACACCCGGGAGCGCCUGCCCAAGUUUCUCGCCUACGUGCAGCGCCUUCUCGACGGGGACGCCAGCGGCCAGGGGCCGUGGCUGCACGGCGGGCGGUGCACCUACGUCGACCUGGUCUUGUUCCAGGGUCUCGACGGAACCAUGUUUGCUUUCCCAAAGACGGUCGCGAAGCUGCGCGAGUCGGGCAAGUACGACGGGGUCUUUCAGCUGUACGAAGCUGUCAAGCAGAGGCCCAACAUCAAGGCGUACCUGGCUAGCGAGAGGCGCGUCCCUUACGCGGAUGGCAUCUGGAGGCAUUACCCGGAGCUGGACGAGUAG